AUGACCUUGAGUGGAGGACCAUGGAUGUUUGGGAAAUCUUCAUUAUCCUUAAGGAAAUGGUCCCCAAAUAUGGAACUCAAUGACUCUUUUUUUGAAUCUGCUCCGAUCUGGGUGAGGUUGCCUGGUUUACUGCUUGAAUUUUGGUUGGAGGAUGUUUUCUCAGGUAUUGCUAACUCUUUCGGGGAGCUUGUAGCUAUAGAUCCUAUGACAACAACACGAAAGAGACUGGUGUAUGCAAGGAUUUGUGUCAAUAUUUCUCAGAAUAAGGAUCUUCCUAGCUCUAUUGAAAUAAACUCCAAACUUGAGAUGUGGGAACAAACCACAGAGUUUGAGUCCCUCCCCUUUGUGUGCUUCUCUUGUAAGAAAGUAGGACAUUGGGCUAAGGUUUGCCCAAGUAACCCCAAAAAUGUUCAAAAGCCUAACAAUCAUGUUAAACAGAUAUGGAAAGAGAAGACUAACAAAAAGGAGGACAGUAGGGCGGAAGGGGGAAGUGGACUUCCUAGUAACCUAAAAGAUAUAACAAAAGAUGAUAGGAAAGCUAGUCCUUUCAAGGUUACUCUUCAGAAGGAAGAUACAAAGAUUAAAGAUAAUGGAUUUGAGAUCAAAAUAGUCAAUGGAUUUAAAGUUUUACAGACUUGGGAGGAAGAGAAUGUAACCAUAGAUGAAAUUCUUGAAGAGGGUGAGAUUGAUAACAUUAAUGAAUCCCAAUAUGAGGCCCUACAAGUUUAA